AGAGGCCUAUUGUGCAGUAAUCAAGCAUUCCGGCAGUGAGCUGCAGGUUCUGUCCUUGCUAGGUCUGCUGAGUGGAAGGCUACCCUCAUCCCUCACUAAGGGCAGAGUAGGACAAGCAUUGCCCAGGCCAGCAGGCUUGCUAAGCACUAGGAACCCAAGCAGGAACUCAGCAUGCCAAUCAAACCUGUUGGGUGGAUAUGUGGACAGGUGUUGAAGAACUUUUCUGGAAGAAUUGAGGGGAUCCAGAAAGUAAUCAUGGACCUUGUAGAUGAGUUUAAAGAUGAAUUCCCCACCAUCCUGAGAUUAUCACAGUCUAAUCAGAAAAGAGGACCUGUACAGAAACCAUCCAAAGUCAGGAUGGCUAUUGCUUUAGCCAAGAUUAACCGGGGGACGUUAAUUCGAGGAUUAAGCAGCAUAUCCAGAUCCUCCAAAUCAGUGGCCAAACUUCUGCAGCCUCAGCUCACAUGCAGACUUUUAGAGUUAAGGGACAUAUCUCGUCGUCUGCUGAGAGAAGUUAAUGCUCCCAGGCAACCCCUGUAUAACAUGCAGGUCAGAAAGGGUUCUUUGUUUGAAAUCAUUUCCUUUCCAGCAAAGACUGCUUUAACUAGCAUAAUAUAUGCUUCAUAUGCAGCACUAAUUUAUUUGGCAGUCUGUGUCAAUGCUGUGCUGGAGAAAGUAAAGAACAUUUUCCAAGAAGAAGAAUCCAUACGGCAAAACAGAGAGGAGAAUGAAAAUUUUAGAAAAGCUUUUUCUGAGCCUGUGCUUUCGGAGCCUAUGUUUCCUGACAGUGAAAUCGAAGCAAAACCUUACAGGUCAUUGCCAGAGAAGCCAGACAACAUUUCAGAUCACCCCAAGCUUCCUUCUAAUAGGCAGAGUAAUAAGAUCCAGGUUUUAUAUUCUGUGUUUGACCAAUCAACUGAAACGAAUGAAUGAGCAAAUCUGAACACAAAUAUUGCUGAACAGA